AUGGAGCCACGUAUCAUAUUUCAAACCCUAAGAAAGCAGUUCCCCGACAGCAUGCACGUUAAGAAAGACGUGCAAAAUGCGGUACAAAAAAUUAGAGCGACAAUAAUGGACGGAAAGAAUCCUAUUCAGGCACUGGAAAACCUGCUGCAUGACCGCCGAUUCAUUUACGACACCCGACAGGAUCCCAAAACAGAUGUCGUAACAGUGAUUUUCUUUGUUCAUCCUUAUUCAAUCACUAUGUGGCGUGCAUUCCCGCACGUGAUGUUGAUCGACGCGACCUACAAAACAAACCUCUACAACAUGCCAUUUGUCCAGGUUGUGGGUAUGACGUCGACUGGGAAGUCUUUUUGUAUCGCACAUGCCGUUAUUUGUAAAGAACGAAGGGGUAACUACGUGUGGGUGCUUGAGAAUAUUACAUGA